AUGGAAAAGGCAAACACAUCUAAUCUCAUCGAGUUCACUGCUGCAGACUUUUAUGAGAGGCUUCAUUACGGAAAGAUGAUUUUUAUGUACUUCCAACGCGAAGUUUCUCCUUCCAUAUCGCUGUUCCUGUUGGAGUUAGAGAAGUCGGCGGACAUGCUUCAAGAUUAUGGGGUGCUGGUUGGGAAGGUGAACUGUGAUAAAGAAAUGAUUAUCAAAUAUUGCUCAGAGGACAAAGUAUCACAAACAGCUUUCUUAUUCAGGAGUGGCAAGGAGUUUCUUAGCUUCGACCUGGACACUGUGUUUGAUGUUAAUGCUAUUGUCUCAGAAGUCUUGUUCGCAAUUCUGCGUGACGAGGUCAGAUAUGUCCACACUGAAACUGACCUGCUGGCGAUGGAGAAGAGUGUUAUGGGGUUGAAAGAUAUUGUGUUGGCUUACGUCAGUAGCCUGGGAACUGAAGAACACAGGUCGAUUAUGGAGACUGCAUUUGUGUAUGGAUCCAAAUACCAAUUCAUCCUAAUAACUGGAGGUCCCGUCCUAAAGCACUUGGGCAUAAACAAGUCACCCCCAUCUGCUGGAGUUUGGGUGCUACACUGCAAAGACCACCUGCUUUUAAAAUCAACCAAAUCCAGCCAAUGUCCUCAGACCCGGAUGAGAAAGCCACUGUCCACACUCAACCUUCACUCCUUCUUGCAGCUUAUAAACGCUCCUUUGCUGACUGAGAUGCGUGAAGAGCCAUCCAGAAUAACACCGUCUCAGUUUGCCCCUCAAGUGUUUUUGUUUGCACAUCCUGAGACUGAAGAUAUGGACAAGGAAACAGCUCAAACGUUGGCCUUGGAGCUCAGAGGACUUGCCCAAGUGCUGCUCAUACACAGGGAAGGUCCGUCUGUUCACACGCUAAAACAAUACAAUGCUGCUUACCGGAUGCCUGGACAGGAAUUGGAGUAUUUGACCUUACACAGCAUCCGAGACGUGCAGGACCUAUUCACAAACGAGGAGUCCCAAAUAGAAGUCGAGGCAGAUGAAGACGAUCAUUUUGAGGACGAAGACAUUUUAGACCAGUUGGACGACGAGGUUGCUUCCUCUGUGUAUCUCAAUCGAGGGAACGAACUGGACAUGGACAUUUUCACUGAGCUCAACACUCAGAAUUUUCAUAGUGUAGUAGCACAAAGCAGCCUGACGGUGGCACUGUUCUACCUCAAAUGGGAUGCUGUUUCGAUGGCUUUUCUCGAGCCUUUUGUUGAAGUAGCAGAAAGCCUUUUGGAUGCCGGUGCUGACGAUGUGCAGAUGUGUGCGGUGAAUUGUGGAGAGUGGACAGAUCUUUGCGCGGCGCAGUCUGGAACGUCCGAACGGCCGCUUCCCUUUCAGCCAAUCACGGCCUUCCCCACGGUUUUGAUUCUUCGACCACAAGAGCCGGCCCUGCGCUACAAAGGGAUGCUAUCGAGUCAAGCACUGUACCGAUUUGUCCUACUAAGCCGAGUCUCUUCUCCUCUUGUAUUGAACGACGCUGAUUUAACCAAAUUUAUGAGUGGCGCUAUCCAUCCUGACCUACAGGGACAGGCCGUAGACAAAGUCCUGGGAUUAUUUCACACGCACGCACAGCCAGUGUUUGUUGAAGCAGCCAGAGCUCAGAGGGGAGAGCUGCUGACAGGGCUGCUGACGGAUGGCCUGGCACUAAAAUGGGCGUCUGAUCACCAAACGGCGCUUCCUGCUGUUUUGGUUUUCCCAUCGUGGCGGACCGACGGAUCCCCCUCCGUGUUGCCCCUCGUCCCCUCCGCCGAAGAACUGACGUCCCUCAUAAACACUGCUCUUCUCCAGCCUGUGCCCGAGCUCACCGUGGCCUCUCUCCCGGCCCUCCUGUCCCGGGGUCGGCCUCUGCUGCUGCUCUUUGUGGGGGAGGAGGAGGACCACAUCGGACUGAAGCAGAACAGGGCGCUGGUGGCCGAGCUGGAGACACUGGUGCAGACGGGAAGGACGGAGAUGGAGGAGUACUCAGCCUGCUGGAUCCAUUUGGGCCGGACUCCCGCUGGGAUCCAUGUCCUUGGAUCGUACCUUGGCUCGGUGCCUCCUCUGCCCUCGCUGGUCCUCACCCACAAUCCAUCAGCGGCGGAAGUCUACCAGUACCCCCCACAACAGCCAAUCACAGCGGCCUCAGUGCUCAGGUGGCUGCGGCUGGUGCAGGAGGGGAGGGAGCAGGCGGCAGGGACGUUGGCGAAGGGGAGCUGGCCUCCUGCUUCACCCUUUUAUGAUUUCCUGGCGGUGAUGGAUAAGAAUGAUCCUUCUUCUGCUCGGCAACAAAUCCCCAAACAGGAAACUGGCAAAGAUCAGAGCAGAGGAGGAGACAGAGAGGUGAAUGUUGUUGACGAUGUGACGGAAAAACAAACACCAGGACCAAACCAGCACACGGAACUCUGA